AUCGCGAGAGCGUGCGCGCAUCAGCGGGCGACACGCCCUUCCAAUUCGGCUCGCAGUACACGCACUUCUUCUACACCAUGCAGCCGGUCUACCCCUUCCGCCUGCUGGCCACGUCGCGUGAGUUUUGCGUCGCGUCGAGUCAGUCGGAGGACGACUGCGAGAGCGUGCAGUUCAUCAGCGGCGCCGUGCUCGAGGCGGCGCGGAACGCGACUCCGACCGCAGACGGGCAGCAGGGGCAGGGGCAGGGGCAGCAGCUGCUCCUGUCGAUGGGGAUCAACGAUUGCGAGGCGAAACGCUCGCGUGCCCCCGAGAUGGCGCCGCUGCCGGGCGAGAAGGACGCGUGCCAGGUGGGUGGAGGAGGGCUGGAGGAAGGGUAG